AGAAGAACAAUAUGCAUAGAAGAGAGUGUUCCACGAUAGACACUACGGUUCCUCGUAGAAGAAGAAACCCUUCUUUCUCUUCGACUCUUUUCGAUGCUAUUUAUCGUUCCGUCGACGAUUCGGGGAACGGAAACGAGCCGACAUUGCGCCGUUACGUGGAGAAAACAGGUGCAAACCCUGUUAAGAAACAGGGCGGUGGUUCCAUGGAGAAGGCUUCAAGUCUGAAACGGGCAAUCAUGAUUGAGAAAUGGAUUGAAAAGCAGGGCAAUUACGGCUCAGCUGUUCAUUCCAACUCGGCUUCGAGCUCCUCGGGUUCCAGCAACGGCGGGAUCUUCUCGUCCUCCGAAGUGGAGUCGAGAAGAUCCAAAACGGACAAGAACAACAAGCAAGAAGGUGGUGGAGGGUUCACAAAGACCAAACUCAAAGCACUGAAAAUCUAUGGCGAAUUGAAGAAAGUGAAGCAACCGAUUUCCCCCGGUGGUCGGAUCACUAACUUCUUGAACUCCAUUUUCAAUGCCAAUGCCAAGAAAGUGAAGAUGUGCUCCGAUGGGGUCUCCGGCGAUGUGAGUUUUCGUCGAAAGUCGAAAUCGACAGCUUCGUCACGCGCUUCAUUUUCCAGGUCUUGUUUGAGCAAAACACCUUGUUCGAGAGGUAAUAAUAAGUACAGUGAUGGCAAUAAAAGGUCAGUCAAAUUUUGUCCAGUUAGUGUCAUUGUUGAUGAAGAUUGCAGACCUUGUGGCCAUAAACGCAUCUACGAAGAAGAUCCCAGAUUAAUCCCCACUUCAACUGUUCAAAAGAAUCUUAAAUUUUCUUCAAGAAACUUGGAGUUGAAGAAGAAAGAAUCUGCAGUUGACAGCAAAGCAAGUGAUUGUUUAAGGAGUUAUCAAAGAAGGGGUAUUGGGAAACUGAAUUUGACUGGGUUUAUAGAACAUUAUGACGAUGAGGACGAAGAUGAUGAUGCGCUGAGUUGUUCGAGUUCGGAUCUUUUCGAGUUGGAUCAUCUGAUCGGAAUCGGAAGGUAUAGAGAGGAACUACCGGUGUAUGAAACUACUAGGUUCAAAAAUAAUGAAGCCUUUGUUAAUGGCUUCAUGUUCUAAGCUCAUUUUC